AGUGCAGUGAUCCACCUCAGCGCGGCGGGCGCCGGUGGCUAGCUGCGGCGCGUAAGUCCGAUCGCGGUUAGGCGAUAUAUGAUAGACACGAUACACACUGCAUGCAGGACUGUGCUGACUUGAGUCUUCCCCAGGGCAAGGAUAUAAAUACCUCUAACUUAAGGAUACUGGUCGUCAAGAGCAUUACAGGAGGAGGGUCCUACCUGCAAUAAGCCUAGUUGGAGAACUAUUGUACUCAUAAAUAUUUCCCACAAAUUGACACUACUGCUGUUUCUGUCAGUCAUGAAUGCAAGUUCUUUUACCAAGUUGAUGCACAGAGCGUCAGUCGGGUGGAUAUGUGGAAAGCAACUGAAUGGCAGAAGAUGUGCUUUACAUAGACAAUUCUGCAUCUUCCAGUCUAGUCACCCACAUGUUCGCUUUGAAGCAAACAGAAACAUUCUCACAGACUGCCAUACAAGCCAUCCUCCGGUGCGUUCACCUUCUAGAAGAAUAUGUACCCCUGCCCACUGGGAUGCGCUAGAGAAGUCCAGAGCAACGGAUGGGCAGCCUGCCCGUCUUGGCUCCACCAGCGGCAUGUCUGGGGCGAGGAUACCGUCCCUUGGAGACGUCUUUUCAGAGGAGAACAAGGAAAGAGUGAUGAGUAGUUUAUCGUCUAAGAGAACAUUGAGGAGGUUUUACACCAAGGACGUGAAGCAGAGAGGGGCGGUGGUGGUGCCCUUGUGCAGUGUCAACAGAGAACCCUGCAUCCUGUUCACGCUACGGACAAGGACUCUCAAAGACCACUCGGGAGAAGUCAGUUUUCCUGGAGGAAAGAUGGACCCUACGGACGGGGACGUGUGCCACACGGCUCUUCGGGAACUCCAGGAGGAACUGGGCGUCGACCCAUCAAUGGUGGAGGUUUGGGGAAACCUAUCGCCAGUAGGAAGAGAGAGAAUCACGGUGGUACCAGUCAUCGGAUACCUAGGGGAGAUUGAUGUCAAUAGUCUUAAGUACAAUCCUGAUGAGGUCUCAUCCGUGUUUGUAAUGACGCUGUCCCAUCUGUGCAGCCCGGCCAGCCAAGCCUACACAGUCUACGAGCCUCACGAGUAUUCAGGACAACCAAUGGCAGCGCUUCCGGUCUUCCUGGGUGGGGAACAUCGGGUUUGGGGACUGACCGCAUACAUCCUGGACCUUGCUCUUCAGGCGAUAGUCCCUGACCACUACCGGUCACUCAUCAGUCAAGUAAAGAAAGAACAGGCUACGUCGUCAUGAUGGUAGAGUAUUGCCUAGAAGAAUCUAAUCAAUGUCAGCUGCAAUUUACUAGUAAUGAUUUCCUGGAUGGGGAACUUCAGGUGUGGGUACCGACUGCCUAGACACUAGGGCAUUGCCAAUAGCAAAUCAACCAUUGCCAUUAGGAAGUUAAUCUUUUAUGUACGUUCCUAAAGAAAAUUGUCCCACUACCCACUGGAGUGGAAUCAGAAAUAUUCUCGAUGAAAAACCCAAAUCAUUAGAUUUCGGAAUCAAACCAUUGUCAGUCUUUAUAGCCAUUCAAACCUCUACAUGUAAGAAUCCAUAGUCUAUGGGCUGCCAACUAGUACUGAUUCUCAGUAUUUGGUACUGAACAAUGAGAAUACUGAUGGUUUCAUGCAAAAUAUUUAAAGUUUCAGUUUAAUGUCUUGUCCUAUUGUAUUUCUUAGAAACUACUGAUUUCCUUGCCAAAAUACUGAUUAUGCAGCUUUUGAAAUAGUGAAAUGUUCUUGUUCCAGUUGGCAGCUGUGUAAUCCAUGAGAAUUGGACCUGUUUCCUGGAGGAAUGCCUUCAAUUCCACUUUAGUUCAAUUUCUUUAUUUUACAUCACUUCAAAAAUACAAAUAAAAUAAUAUUAAACUUAGAUUUAGUUCACACCCUUUGAUAAAUGUACACUGCAACCAUUGCAUCAGACUAUUAUAUGGGGGGGAUAGUCCAGAUUGGACAUUGAUAUGUGGAAGCUCUCCUGCCCAAACCUAACAUAGAGUGCCCGACACCCAAUCCAUAACCAAGUGCAAAACUGGGGAGAUGAGGCGAUCGGCACUUAUAAUGUAUACAGUAUUAGCAGGCGUGGAUCCAGCUGGCUUAGACGCAUUAUCAUUUCAGGGGCCAAAUUGUUUUUUCACCGUAGUCGCCCUCUCUAAACUGUUGUGUCUUAUCCAAGUGCAUCCACGCCUGAGUAUAAUUAGGCGCCGUGUCAAAAGUAUUACAUGAACUGCCUAGACGACUUUCCUGCAAGUAUCCAGCGAGCGGCUUUGUCAGUAGGAACCAUCACAUUUCGUCGUGGAUGAAGUAAAUGGGGAUGGUGGGGAAGCCGCUGUGAAAAGACACAUAUCGCCUUUUUAGCACUGACCUCUAGUAAAUGGACGUGCGGUCAUGGCGCAGAGACUAAUGCCGCGCGCCACAUGCAGCCGCCAUAUAUUGGGACCAUCAACCCACACUAUCCAGCGCAGCAUGACGAUAGGCACCAACAUGGUAGUGUCGAGUAGGCCCACAGAGUUGUUUUCUGUCAUAUCAGUUUAUGUUCCCCCAAAUUUUCUCAGAAAUGGAAGUUUGAGUUAAUUUCUAAUUAUUAGAAUUAAGUUACACAUUGAAUCAGAGCUUUAACACAGUAGGGAUGAUGUUCCCACCAAGUAUUAAACAUGUCAAGUUUCCCCACUACUACAUGUAGGUGUGGGGAUGUUUCACAAGGAAAUGUUAUUAUGACAAAUUUAGUAACUUAUAGCGUUUUUUUUAUUGGUUUCACAUGCACUGUUUUAGAAAAAUUAUCACUCAAAAGUCACUCCAUGAUUGCCACAUUACAGUAUACUUGUUUGUGAAACACCCCCAUCAGAUUUGUCAUUACUGGUGCAAUGUGCAGGAAUAUCCUCUUCUUCAAUGCCUACUCUUUCAAAACUUGAGCACAAAAUUUCCCAUACAUCCAAUGCAAUUUUCCCGCUGGGAAAAUUGUAAUGAGCACCAAAGCCAUGGAAAUUAAAAUGUACAUUACAAUCCUUCACAAUCUGUGCCGCAACUUCUUCAGGAAAUCCACAUCCAAUGUCUGCUCCACUGUACACAUGCCCUUCAUGUUCUUGCAGGAGACUCCUCCUGUACUCAUCGAGGGCACGCUCUAGCUUGGUGACUUGAGCAGGAGAUGCAAUAAGGAGAGGAAGUUCUUCAGCAUGCUCCUUCAUUUUGACAGCUUCUUGAAGUGAUAUCUCCAGAAAUGAUGGUCGAGCACUGCAUCUGGAUCCAUCGCAAGUACAUGAUGGUGCACAGAUGUCACCGCAGUCAUGAUCUUCUAAUGCACUUUUUUCCCCUUCCCAAAAUACCCUCCUUAUCGUGGCUCGACGACAUUCUUUACCUCCUAGAAAGCCUUUCAUGUAAUUUUGACAUUAGAUUGCCACUUUCUUAUGUUGAAGUUUCUCUUCUUCAGCGUGUCCAUCAAUUUAAACUUCAGCUCCAGAGCUUCCUCAGUGUUCCUGACUGACUCAUUCAGGUCGUCCAUAUAGAAUUGCUCCACGAUUACUUUCUGUAGUUUGUCAUAAUAAUAAUGGAUAUUUAGAGGUGUAAAAACAAAAAGUACCAUAGCACGUACAAUGUAUGAAUAAUAAUUUAACAUUUGCAAUAAUAACCACAAUAUUC